AUGUCUAAAAACGUCCUCGUUAUUGGAAGUGGUGGUCGCGAGCAUGCCUUAUGCUGGAAACUAUCUAAUUCUCCUCUUGUAAAACAUAUAUUCUGUGCCCCAGGAAGUGUUGGUAUAUCGUCAAAUAUUAAAGUGGAAAGUGUCGAUCUUAGUCUCAAAGAUUUUCCUGCUAUUGCUACAUGGUGUAAAGAAAAGGAUAUUGAUUUAGUAGUUAUUGGACCAGAAGAUCCCCUAGCAAAUGGUAUUGUUGACGCACUGGUUCCUCGUGGCAUCAAAUGUUUCGGUCCCACAAAAGCUGGUGCCCAAAUUGAAGCUAAUAAAGAUUGGGCCAAGAAGUUUAUGACAAAGUACCAGAUACCCACAGCUAGAUACCAGUCCUUCAGUGAUGCAAAUGCAGCUAAGGAAUUUAUUAAAAAUGCUUCAUACCCAGCUCUGGUGGUCAAAGCAUCUGGUUUGGCUGCUGGUAAGGGAGUUGUUGUGGCGUCAAGCAAGGAAGAAGCUUGUGCAGCUGUAGAUGAGAUUCUGACGGAUGCCAAAUAUGGAGUUGCUGGCCAGACUGUUGUAGUUGAAGAGCUAUUAGAAGGCGAUGAAGUAUCGGUGCUAGCCUUCACAGACGGCGAAACCGUAGCCAUGAUGCCACCAGCUCAAGACCACAAACGUAUAGGGGAUGGUGAUACAGGUCCCAACACAGGCGGCAUGGGAGCAUAUUGUCCCUGCCCCCUUAUAACUCCCGAACAGCUGGCUGACGUCAAAGAGCAGGUGCUGCAAAGGGCGGUUGACGGGUUAAAGUCAGAGGGAAUUAAAUAUGUUGGUGUCCUGUAUGCCGGUAUGAUGGUGACGAAAUCUGGGCCGAUGACACUGGAAUUCAAUUGUCGCUUCGGUGACCCAGAGACACAAGUGCUCAUGAUGCUGUUGGAAUCUGAUUUGUAUACUAUUAUGAGGGCAUGUGUCGAUGGCACACUAAAACAAGUACAAGUGAAAUGGGAAACGGAAAAUUGUGCUGUCGGCGUCGUGAUCGCUUCUAAGGGCUACCCUGAGACGUCUACCAAAGGAUGUGUUAUUAGUGGUCUAUCUCAAGCACAAACUCGUCCGAACAUAGUAGUGUUUCAUAGUGGUGUAGCACGUGGUGCAAAUGACUCUUUGGUAACCGCUGGAGGUCGAGUUCUACUUGUAGCGGCUAAAAGAGGUUCCCUAAGAACAGCAGCGUCUGUAGCAACCUCUGCGGCAGCUGCUAUCGAUUUCCCCGGUGCUCAGUAUAGGAAGGACAUCGCGCAUAAGGCAUUUUCAAAACUUAACGGCCUCUCAUACCUUGAGUCCGGCGUAGACAUAGACGCUGCUGCGAAUCUCGUACGUACAAUCGAGCCCGUAGCGACGGCGACGCACCGGCGAGGAGUUUUGGGCCGUCUUGGAUGCUACAGUGGCCUAUUCCAGUUAUCUGCUAUGGAGACAAGGUUUAAAGAUCCCGUGCUCGUCCAAGGGACAGAUGGUGUUGGGACUAAACUUAAGAUUGCCGAAAUAACCCAAAAGUAUGACACAUUAGGCCAAGAUUUAGUCGCAAUGUGCGUGAAUGACAUCUUAUGCGCCGGCGCAGAACCGUUCGCAUUCCUUGAUUACAUGGCGUGCGGGAGAUUACAACUUAACACCGCUACUGCUAUUAUUAAGGGCAUCGCCAAUGCUUGUGCAAUGUCGGGAUGUGCUUUAUUAGGCGGUGAGACUGCAGAAAUGCCCUCAAUGUACGACAUUGGCAAGUACGAUUUAGCCGGUUUCGCGGUCGGAGUUGUUGAUAAUUUGAAGCAGUUGCCUCGUAUGAAAGAAAUUCGGAGUGGGGAUGUGGUAUUGGCCUUACCUUCCACUGGAGUACAUAGUAAUGGGUACAGCUUGGUACAGAAGAUUAUGGCUGAGACCGGAAACACCUUCCACCAAAAGGCUCCAUUUAGCACAACGAACCGAACUUUCGGCGAAGAGUUUCUAGAACCAACCGGUAUUUAUGUAAAGUCUCUGAUGCCAGCCAUCAAAAAAGAGCUAGUCAAAGGCCUCGCUCACAUAACGGGCGGUGGUCUUUUGGAGAAUAUACCCAGGAUACUUCCAGCUGGUGUCCAAGUUAAAUUGGAUGCUUUGAAGUUCAAAAUAAAGCCCAUUUUCGGAUGGCUGCAGGCUAAAGGAAUGGUUUCCGAUUUCGAAAUGCUUCGCACAUUCAACUGCGGUGUGGGUAUGGUAGCCAUCGUGGAUCCAGUCUGUUUGAAGGAAUUCCUCGCUUGUGUUGAGGGUCCCGUAGAUAUUAUUGGCUCUGUGAAAGCUAUUGGAAAGGAAGGCGGUCAUCAAGUAGAAGUAGACAAUUUUAAAGAAGCAAUGGCGCCACUUGUCGCACAAUACUGCGCAGGAGUCAACGUGCCACAAAAAUCUCUUUCAUACAAGGACAGUGGGGUGGAUAUAGAGGCGGGAGAUUCUCUUGUCUCCUUGAUCAAACCCUUGGCUAGGUCCACCUCAAGGUCCGGAGUGUUGGGUGGUUUGGGUGGCUUUGGAGGGUGCUUCCAAUUGAAGGCUAUUGAGAAGGAGUAUAAGGAUCCAGUGCUGGUCCUAGCAGCGGACGGAGUCGGGACAAAACUAAAAAUCGCCCAACUGACCAACCAACACAGUACAAUUGGUAUCGAUUUAGUGGCCAUGUGUGUUAAUGACAUACUCUGCAAUGGCGCAGCACCUUUAACAUUCCUUGAUUACUUCGCUUGUGGUUCUUUGGAUGUUAAUGUUGCUAAAGACGUGGUCUCCGGAGUCGCUGAAGGAUGUAAACAGUCAUCUGCAGCUUUGAUUGGUGGUGAGACUGCCGAGAUGCCAGGAAUGUAUGAUCCAGGCGUUUACGAUAUAGCUGGUUUCGCGCUCGGUGUGGUCGAACGGACACACAUUUUGCCAAAAAUUAACGAUAUUGCAGUAGGAGACAUAGUGAUCGGUCUCCCAUCAAACGGAGUUCACAGUAACGGAUUUAGUCUGAUACACAGCCUUAUGAAGAAGAAUAACCUUAAAUUAAACGAUAAGGCUCCGUUUAGCGAAGAUGGCCUUACUUUAGGCGAGGAGCUAAUCAAACCUACGCGUAUCUACGUGGGAAGCGUGGUAGGAGCUUUACAAAAGGGCUACGUUAAGGCCGUAGCGCACAUAACGGGCGGUGGACUUUUGGAGAAUAUCCCUCGUGUCAUUCCCGAGUCUGUGAGAGUUAGACUUAAUGCGCAUUGGUGGAAUGUCCACCCGGUGUUUGCAUGGAUCGCUGAAACAGGUUCAGUGAAAGACGAAGAGAUGCUGCGAACGUUCAACUGCGGUAUUGGAAUGGUCCUCAUUGUUGCACCAGAACAUCAAGCUGAGGUGAUGAAUAUAACCCGUUCGUUUGGCGCAAUGGUGAUUGGUAGUGUACAAGCUCGUCCACCAGGUGGAGCUCGAGUUAUUGUUGACAAUUUUGCAUCAGCCCUCGACUUCACUAGGAGAAUGCCACUACUCAUUAACAAGAAGGUGGCAGUACUAGUGUCAGGCAACGGCAGUAACCUCCAAGCCUUGAUAGAUACCACCCGCGAUCGUUCACAAUGUAUGUGCGCGGAGAUAGCGCUUGUUGUGUCUAACAAGAAAGACGCGUACGCACUCAAACGGGCCGAGGAAGCUAAUAUACCUACAGCGGUAUUCAAUUACAAAGAUUACGCUUCUCGGGAGGAGUUUGACAGCGCUGUGUCGAAGGUAUUAGAAGCUCAUCGUAUUGACCUCGUGUGUUUGGCUGGAUAUAUGAGGAUACUCUCAGCUGACUUUGUUGCCAAGUUAGUACAUUUCGCGGAGGGUAUGGAUACGGGUCCGAUAAUAGUCCAAGAGCGCGUGCCCGUUUGCUCGGACGAUACGGUCGAGACGUUAACCGCACGUAUACAUACAGCGGAACAUCGCGCUUACCCUCGUGCAUUACGUCUUGUGUCAACGGGUCGUGCGAGACUUAAUAGCCACGGACAAGUCAUCAUGUUAUAG